AUGGAGAUGAAAACAAUUGUUAAAAAAAAUAAUCCAACCGAGGAUAAAGAGAAUGACGAUGGUUGCGACGAAAAGACCGAUAAUCAACGAAAAGUAACAAAUCCAGCAGAAGCUGGCGAGUCUAUGAGUGGAGGAAAAUCCUCUACCGAGCGAAAUCAAACGCUUAAUCCAGGAUCCCAAAUUCGUCCAACAGUAUCAGAAGAUGAUGUGCGCAAGCUGGCCGAAAGAUUGUACGGAAUUACGGUGCUGGAAAUGUGUGAACUGGAUUCAUACGAUGAUCGCAAUUACAUGAUUCAAGCAGACAGCUACGUCAAGAAUCCCAUAUUAAAAUCAAUCAAUAAGAGCGGUUACGUUAUGAAGAUAGCAAACUCGCUUGACUCGAAGGAUGAAUCGUUUUUUCAUGCGCAAAGCGAAAUAAUGCUACAUCUUUGUAAGCUCGAUAUCAAAUGUCCCCUACCCGUGCAGAAUAUCAAUGGCAAAUAUCACUCCGUAGAGAAAUUGGGGGAGUCAGAUCAUGUCGUACGACUGCUGGAAUACAUUCCGGGGAAGGUAUUCCAUGGAGUACCACAUCCAGAUCACAUUUUUUAUCAAGCGGGUCAGUUUAUCGCUAGGAUCGAUUCCGCGCUUAAAUCCAUUGACAAAGAAAUGGUUGUGAAUCGACAGUCGAUAUGGAUGCUGGACAACUUCCUUAAGCUGAAAGAUUUCAUUUAUGUGGUCAAAGAUGAAUACCACAAAGGAAUUAUCGAGCAGGUAUUGAGUACCUAUGAGCGUCGCAUCGUUCCUAAUCUGGAUGAAUACGAGCAAGGCGUGAUAUAUGGAGAUUUCAACGAGCACAACAUUAUCGUGAAUAAAAAGGCGACGAACAGCAAGGACUAUGAAAUUACGGGUAUUAUAGAUUUCGGCGACGUUUGCUAUUCAAGGUAUGUUUUUGAGCUGGCCAUCGCUAUGACAUACAUGAUUCUGGAAUCCAACGACUUGGAUACUGGCGGUUUGGUGAUUGCGGGGUACAGCAUGAUAAGACUGAUUCCUCAACAUGAAAAAGACGUACUAAGGGUCGCUAUCGCCGCCAGGAUUUGUCAGAGUCUUGUGCUUGGUUUGUAUACGGCUACGGUUGAUGCCAACAAUCAGUACAUUCUGUCAACACAAGCCCGAGGCUGGAGCGUACUGGAAGCACUUUGGAAUGAAACAGAUAAAAAUCUGUUAGAUCGAUGGGCAACAGUGGCCGAAGAAUAUCUUACACGGAGCUCCAAAUAAUGGGUUUGACGACGAAGUCGAUUUUGAUCAAUUUCAAUUAAUAUGACUAUCAUAUCAUACUGAAAGCAAUAUUAUAUGAACUAUUAUUGAGAAAAGUAACAGCUUUUCAUGUUACAUUAGUAGUUACAGCUAUUCAUGUAAAAGUUGAUGAUUGUACGACAAUAAAUUGCUUAGUAACU